CACCCCACCCGCCUCCACUCCACAGGCGGGGCUACCUCCGAUACGCGAGCCCCUGCUGCCUGCACCCGCCAGCCGGGCGAGCAUCGCUUCCUUCCUUCCUCCGCACGUGCCUUGGCAUCCCCGCUUCCCAUUCCUCCCCGUCCCACCGAACAAGGGUCGCCGAGAUUAGAAGCCAGACGAGGAGGCGAUGCAGCAGCCGCAGUCGUGGCUGGCUGCCGGUGCCGGCCCCGCCACCGGAGCGGGCCUCCCUGCCCCAGCCACCUUCGAGGAGGCGUCCAUGGAGCGCAGCAAGAGCUUCGUCAAGGCGCUCCAGGAGCUCAAGAACCUCAGGCCGCAGCUCUACUCUGCAUCAGAAUACUGCGAGAAGUCGUACCUCCACAGCGAGCAGAAGCAGAUGGUGCUGGACAACUUGAAAGAUUAUGCGGUCAGGGCCCUGGUCAACGCGGUGGAUCACCUUGGCACCGUUGCCUACAAAUUGACAGAUCUGUAUGAACAACAGGCUUCAGAGGUCUCAACUCUCGAGCUGAAAGUGGCAUCCUUAAACCAGCAAGUUCUCGCCUGCCAAACUUACACGGAUAAAGAAGGCCUUAGGCAGCAGCAAAUGAUCGGAACCGUCACAAGGCACCACAAACAUUACAUCGUACCAUCUGCGGGAAACAAAAGAAUGCAGGCCUUUUCCGAGAUGCAAACAGAUGCUGAGCUUGACUUGAGACCUAGACCUUAUCCCUCAGAGAAGACCCUUUACUGGCACUUGGCUUCGGAGAAGAACUCCAAAACCAAUGGAGUACGUGAAUCUGAAUUUGCCCAUGGAGAAACAAAAACUACCAAGCCUAGUACAUCCAGUGGUGGCUUCCACCUUCCAGGUAAGGAGUCAUCUGCAUCUCCCUUGCCCAAGCGGUUACAGUCGAAUGUCUCCAGCUCGGCCAUUGUUAUACGUAACAGUGGCAUGAAGGAUCAGCCUGGUGCAAGGCCUUUGUCAUCAUUCAGUUCUUUUGACAAUCCAAGAGGGCGCCAAAUCCAAAAGGCUCCCCUUCGCACCAAAAGUAUGCUGGCAGCUUUCUUUGUCAGGCACAGAUCUGGAAAGAUGAAAAACGUCUCUGUUCGUUGAUCAACGACAAACCUGCAGUUCACUCCAGCAGCUCCACCCUAGUACAUCCGAGAAACUCAGUCCAAACUCUGUUACUCCCUCCAUCCGUCCGGAAAUAUCAUAUACUCCCUCCGACCCAUAUUACUUGUCACAGAUUUAGUAAUAUGGGUUGGAGGGAGUAGUAUUUGUAUUUUGUAUAUUAGUGUUCUAGAGAUAAAUCAUUUUUAAGCCCUUAGCAUAUCUGAUCUUAAUGUCAUCUUGGUAAUGACAAAAUUUUAUAUGGAUAUAGAAUUACAGUUUUAUACCAUUGUGUUAAGUCACUAGCCGGAAGGUUUGAGUAUAAUAAAUGGAGGAAAUGGACGCAUA